AUGGACGAUCCCACCAUGCCACAUGCCAAGGCCAGCCCUACACUCCCGACUCGGCGAGAUCGCAUGGCUGCUGCCCUGCGGAUGUUGAUGGCUCAUGACGAUCUUGAUCCGGAAUUAUUGCGGCCUGGCUCACAGUGGGUGGCCGCUGCAGAUGUCAUGACACCGAGACAAAUCCUACCUCAAAACACAACAGAGCAAUCAACAGUAACGGACUUGCACUCAACAGUCUUGCCUGUCGAUCCUGCAUUAUAUGCAGGAUCCCCAUAUCCCGUUGACGGCCCGGACGGCCCGUGGCAGAACUGGCUGGGCGAUAUCACAACGGCUUCUUCAUCUUCAACCACAUCAAGCAACUUACCAAGCUCAUCCGGCAGUGAUUUCAUGUUAAACUUAGGAUGGUCCCUCAACGAGUGGGACGUAAUGCUCAACUCUUCCGAGUUCGACAGCACAAGCACCGCAAGUACGCUACCAGAUCCCGUUGUCGGGACCCCGCAAAUAAGUCCAGGGCCUCUUCCAUCAAAUCCAGGAGAUGUCGCGAUGCAGCCGCCACCAAGCUUUCCAUCAGCCGAGAGGCGACAGACGGAAGAGAGCACGGGCCAGCGAUCGACAAAGCGUCAACGCGCGCACUACGUGAUUGAAAAAAGAUAUCGGGCUGGGAUCCAUGAGCGCUUUGAGGCACUGCGUGAUUGUGUGGAAACUUGGAAACAAGACCAGCAACAACAAAGAUCACCUGCGUCUCCAUUUCCGAGUGACGCGGAUGGAACUGAUGAGGACCACAACAGAAAUGUACGCCUGAACAAAGCUGAAGUUCUCCAACAGGCGGUAGCUUAUAUUAAACUCUUACAAGAGGAGAAUGAGGUGGUGAUGGAACAUAUGAAAAUGCUCAUACGACGGUUUCGUGCAACAAAGCAGGCUUUACAGCAUGGCCAAUAG